AUGUUUGUUACUCAACUGUUGGAGCAUUGUAAAUUUAAAGAUAUAAAGAAUUGGAGCAAAAAUGAGGUUUUACUUCUUAUUGCGGCUUAUAAAGAACAUCAACUUGAAUUCCUGGACGUAAAUGUUAACAAUGAUGAAGUUUGGAAAAAAGUUGCGAAUGACGUCAACGAAACCCUUAGUGUGCAGGACUUGCCGCCCAUUGCUAACGAGAAAUUCAAGACUAAAUGGGAAACGCUCAAACGUCAUUACAAAGGUUUAAAAGAUAGCAACAAAAAAUCGGGGAACUCCUCAAUAACAUGGGCUUUCUAUGAUGAAAUGGAAGAAGUAUUUGGUGAGCAACCAUGGGUUAAACCUCUUUCUACUGCCGGAUCAAAUUCUACCAAUAAAAUGGAUCCUGAAAUUAUCAGCCCACCACGAAAGCGGCAGAAAACUUUAACAAGCUACUGUGAAGAAUUACUUGCAGCUAAAAAAGAAAAUAGUGAAAUUCGAAAACAACAUCAUCGUGAGAAAAUCGCAUCUAUGACUCAAUUAUCUUGUGCUCUCAAUAAGCUUGUAGAACACAUAACAAAAGGACAAGGAGACUUAUGA